AUGAAGUUCUCUUCAUAUCUCGCAGCCGCGGCUGCUAUCACCGGCGUGACAGCUUCUCCGCACCCCGCACCAGCAAAACAGGAACCUCUGGGCGCACAAUCCACGCUCGCCCAGCCAAUCUCUAGCCAGAGCGCAGAAGACAUAAUCAACAACUCGCCUCUGCUAUCACUCCACCGAGACUUGGUUGAGAUUGAGUCCGUCUCCGGCAACGAGCACGAUGUCGGCCUCUUCGUCGCGAAGUUCCUCGAAGCACGGAACUUCACCGUCGUGAAGCAGGAGGUCCCUCCGUUGAAGGGUCACGAGAGUCCAAAGACAAGAUACAAUAUCUACGCUUACCCGGACUCUCAUUCGGAGCCUCCCUCCAUCCUUCUCACGAGCCAUAUCGAUACCGUCCCGCCGUUCAUUCCAUACUCAAUUCAUCGCCCGGAAGCUGAUGUCUCCGCCAGCUACGACUCGGAAAACCUCAUCCUGGCCGGUCGUGGUACUGUUGAUGCCAAGGGCAGCGUCGCGGCGCAGAUCUUCGCUACUUUGGAAACGCUGAACGAGCAACCCGACGCGAAGCUGGGCCUCCUCUUCGUCGUCGGCGAAGAAGUCGGCGGCGACGGCAUGAAGACCUUCUCUAACUCCGAGUACAACACCGACAGCGCUUACCACACUCUCGUCUUCGGUGAGCCUACCGAAGCAAACCUAGUCUCGGGCCACAAGGGCAUGCUCGGCUUCGAGGUCUUCGCCCACGGUUCUGCCGCGCACUCGGGCUACCCAUGGCUCGGCCGGAGUGCCGUCUCGGCUAUCCUGCCAGCGCUGUCUCGUGUUGAUAAGCUGGGCAGUAUCCCGACAGAGAAGGGCGGUCUCCCUUCCUCUCCGAAGUAUGGAGAGACGACGUUGAAUGUUGGUGUUGUCCGCGCUGGUGUUGCGACGAAUGUCGUUCCCGCUCAGGCGUAUGCUGAUGUCUCUGUCCGUCUUGCUGCCGGGACCCCGGACGAGGCGCGCGAGAUUAUCAAGCGCGCUGUUGCGGAUGCUAGUCGGGAUGAGGAGGCUGAGGUUGUGGUGGACUUCAGCUCGCAUGGUGAAUCGUAUGAGCCUGUGGAUCUUGAUGUCGACGUUGAAGGCUUUGAUGUCACUACUGUGAACUAUGGUACCGAUGUUCCGAAUCUGUCCGUUCGGUCGGGCGUCAAGCGUUACCUUUAUGGCCCUGGUAGUAUCUUCGUCGCUCAUGGUGACCAUGAGGCUUUGAGUGUGCGCCAGCUCCAGGAUGCUGUUGGUGGGUUCAAGAAGUUGAUCCAGGCUGCUUUGGAUAGAGAGGAGCAGGGCCUUGCCGUAUAG